AUGUUUGCUACAGUAUUUUUUGGCUUUCUUGCUGUUCUGGGCUUCACUCUCAAUACUGUCACGGUACUGACUUUCACCAAGAAUCGUAAGCUUUUGUCCGCGGCAGAUAUACCAGUCCUUAGCAUGGCAGUAGCUGACAACGUUUUGGCCACAAUUGCAACGCCAUUGGCAGCAUUUGCAAGCGCCCACGAGAGGUGGCCGUUUGAUUACAGCGGUUGCAGUUGGUACGCAUACUUCAAUGUUACCGUAGGCCUUGGUUCUAUCUUACACCACGUGGCCAUUGCAGUUGAAAGGUGCUCGAAGACUCAUUUUCCAAUGUCAGCAGAGGUCACUCGAAAGAAGAUGUCAGCAAUCAUUAGUCUUAUUUGGGCAUUAGCCUCGAUCUGGGGAAUCUUCCCACUGAUUGGCUGGUCUGCAUAUGUCCCAGAAGCCAAUGGGAUAUCAUGUUCUCUAAGAUGGAAGUCAAUCAACACCGCUGACACUUCUUUUGUGAUUUGCACUUUCACCUGUUUCCUAUUACUGCCCUCUUUUGUACUUAUAGCAUCCUAUGCCAUCAUUUAUUACGACCUUCGACAAAUGGAAAAAAGAUCAAGGCGCAACUGCGGUAAAAAAUCCCAGCAAACGCUAGAAACUGUUCUCGCUAAAAAGAGAUUAACCUUAACAACAUUCAUUAUGGUUGUGAGUUUUCUAAUUGUUUGGUCGCCUUACGCAGCCCUGUCCUUUUAUAAGGCAUUUUGGAAACCAGUAACUCUGUCCCAUUCAGUAUCUACGGCCCCUUCCAUUUUUGCCAAAACCUCUCUUUUCAUUAAUCCUGUUACAUAUUUCAUUCGUUACAAAAGAUUUAGAAAAGGCGUAAAGAAACUUUUUGGGAAGAUGUUUUCUUGUGGAAAAGGCGACUCCACAAUGCAGCAAAAGCUGUAA